ACGCUAGGGCUCAGCCGCUCCAGGAGGCCGGCAGCCCGCCCUAUGCAGCCCGCAGAAACACGUCAGACUCAGGCAGCGGCUCGCUCAGGAAAUUCAAACCGAGAAGCGUCGGCAACACACACGCAUCUUCCUGCUCCAAGGUCACCGAGCCUUCACAGGACAUACCACCGUCAUUCCCCGCAGUGAAUAGUCAGCAUUGAGGUGGGCCAGUGAUGCCGCCCCCAGCCACGGGUCCCCUCGCUGAGCCCCCACCAGACGGCGGGUGGGGGUGGGCUGUGGUGUUGGCGUCUUUCAUCUCCAUCGGAUUCUCCUACGCCUUCCCCAAAGCCAUCACGGUCUACUUCAAAGACAUCCAGGUCAUCUUCGACUGCUCCUACAGCCAGAUCGCCUGGAUCUCCUCCAUCAUGCUCGCCGUCAUGUACGCUGCGGGUCCCAUCAGCAGCAUACUGGUCAACACGUAUGGCUGCAGGCCCAUUGUCAUGUUGGGGGGCUGCCUUUGUUCCAUCGGCAUGAUCUCAGCCUCCUUCUGCAACAGUGUGGUGCAGCUGUACAUCUGCAUAGGGGUUAUCGGUGGACUCGGACUAGCCUUCAACCUGCAGCCGGCCCUGACUAUGAUCGGGAAAUACUUCUGUAAGAAGCGUCCAGUUGCUAACGGGCUGGCGAUGGCGGGCAGUCCGGUGUUCCUCAGCACCCUUGCUCCUCUCAACCAAUACCUCUUCAACCAAUUUGGCUGGAGAGGCAGCUUCCUGAUCCUGGGUGGCCUUCUGUUGAACUGCUGUGUGGCCGGCUCCCUCAUGAGGCCUUUGGGACCGCCGGCUGGCAAGCUCAAGAAAAGCGAAGAGGUAGCCGUAAUCGCCACCAAGACGAAGGAAAAGCGGACGGCCUGGGAAAUAUUCAACAAGUACCUGGACCUGUCGCUCUUCAAGCACCGCGGCUUCCUCAUCUACCUGUCCGGCAACAUCAUCAUGUUCCUGGGCUUCUUCGCACCAAUUGUCUUUCUCACGGCCUACGCUAAGGACAUGGGCGUGGACGAGUACUCGGCUGCCUUCCUGCUCUCAAUCCUGGCUUUUGUCGACAUGUUCGCCCGGCCGUCCAUGGGGCUGCUGGCCAACUCGCGCUGGGUCCGGCCCAGGAUCCAGUACUUUUUCAGCUUUGCAGUGCUGUACAACGGGGUGUGCCACAUCCUCUGCCCCCUGGUGGAGAGCUACACCGGUCUGGUGGUGUAUGCCAUGUUCUUCGGCUUUGCUUUUGGCAUGGUCAGUUCAGUGCUGUUCGAAACACUGAUGGACCUUGUUGGGCCUCAGCGGUUCUCCAGUGCUGUGGGACUCACCACCAUCAUGGAGUGCUGCCCAGUCCUCAUUGGUCCACCUCUAGCAGGGAAACUGGUCGAUGUCACCAAAAACUACAAGUACAUGUACUUCUGCUGCGGAGUGGUGGUGAUUCUGGCCAGUAUUUGGCUCUUCAUUGGGAACUUCAUUAACUACAGACUCCUGGAUCGCGAGCGCAAGAGUGAAGAGAUGUACAAACGGACUGAGACAGAAGAUCCGGACAAAGACCCGGGUCAGAAGGAGGCUGGCGGGGAAGCCAAGGCAGACGAGCUGGGCAACGUGAAUGAAAAGGGCGACGGACCUAUGCAGCGGGAAACCAACAUCUAAACCCUUCUGCUCUGCCAACAGGUCCCUCCACCUCCAGGACAUCAAUCACAACACCCUCCACUACGAUCAAACUGAGCUCCAAGCCAGGAGGUAUUCCACCUGGCUCUAUACGGGGUCCUCUGCACUUCUAGAACUAACUGCCAAACAACAGCUGUGUUGUAGGAGACUGUGAGAUGUUAUAUAUGUUUGUCAAGGCGCAAAUAGCUCUGGCUGUACGAGAAAUAUUAACCACAAAGAAAUGUAUGCAUGUGAGGAAACUAAAAGCCAGAGAACGGAAAGGAAAACUGUUAUUUUUUGCCAUAUUCACCUCAUAUCGGAUUUACUGUAAAUUCUAGACUGCAACUGUACUCACAGCAGACACCUAGUAGCAGUUACAAUCAGGAUGUAUGAUAUGUCUGUAGGAACUCCUAAAUUGUGUGAGAGCUAACAAAGAAAGUAAUGGCAGAUAAUUAUGAGAAAUUUAAAUUCAUAGUCAGACAGUCGGCUUCAGAACAGUUUGAUCUGCUACAGUUUGUGUACGGUUAUUUUAAGGGAUCUCUAUUUUUUCAAAUGUUCUGAGCUGAAGCCACAGGCGUCAUUCCUUCUUCCUACUGUACCGAUAUGACGUGAAUGCAGCGUCAUGCACCCUCUAACUGAAUCAAAAUAAGAUCCGUUUAACAUGCUGAGGUCUUGGUUAACAAGAAAAGGUUAAAUACAGAAAGCACGUCUGACCAUUUUUAACACAUUGUGGACAGCUAGACGCAGGAUUCAGACGUGCUGCCAUCAGUCACUUUGUAAAAACUGUUAUUUCAAACUGAUAAUUGUCUGAAAUAAGGAAUACAGCCUCUCUCUGAUGCCUCUGAGGCUGGGAUCACCUGCUCCUAUUAAGCUAAUGUUAGUGUGAUCCAAACAGAACAGCAGCAGAAGUGGGACCCAGCUGAUUGUGCUUGGUUGUUCCGCUCUGUGGGAGGUCACAUCCUCCUGGUCACUUGUUGUUCCUCGCAGUGUGAAUGCAGCGUUAGCAAUCCAGAAACGGUUGCUCCAUCUGGUGAAAUGUGUUCACAAAUCUAAUUGCACUGUGUUUAAAAAUGGCAGUUGGGUGCAGUAAAAAUACACAUUUCCAAAAAAAAGAACAGCUGAUGUAUUCACGCGCCGUGUGUUCUGCUGACCACCUGAUCACCGCAUUGUAGCGCCGUGAGACCUGCACAGAUAUCCCACUUUAAUACUUUAUAUAGUGCUUCCCCAGAUCUCACGCUGACUCGUAUACACACGUAGAGAAACGGCCAUACUUCACCCCGAACAACUUUAUUAAAAUGCUGCAAUUAAACACUUCUAAUUAUGGUUGAAUGUAAUUUCCUCUGUGGGUCUUAACCAGGUGUUAACGACCAAAAACCAUCUGCAUUAUCGUUCACAUAGAGCCCAUGAGCAAUUCCGUUUCACACAUAAAAGGGAAAUAAGAUGAUGGGAGUCCAUUCUGAUGCAUUGCCUUAAAUGUGGUGUAAAGAAUGCAGGGGGGGGGGGGGGGGGGGGGUGUAGGUAUUGUACAGAGAAUACGAAAUGAAUCUGAUAGAUCUGUGUUCAAUGUGACGCUCUUUUCUGACUGUGAUUCACUUUAAUACUCGGUGCAGUCCACUCCAUUUGUCUCCUAAGUGUCGUGUCCAUAAGCUGAGAUGAUGUAACGUCCUGUGACUAAUUCACUAACACGCCAUGUUUAACCCUUUGGAGACUGAUGCUAAUAACUGAAUGCUAAUCUGUGCUGUCAACCAUACUGUGUGGAGAUUAAUGUACCGGAUGAGCCAUAUCCUGUUGCUAUGAAUGUCACAUAUUCUAUCCAUUCCACGUGUCUCCUGAAUGUCAUCCUGCUCUGUUGUUCAGUCUUAUGUCUCAGACGCAGACCACACGGGGGUCUCAGACAUCCUCACAAAGCCAAACGCAUUUAAAUAACAAAUGUAAUUUCUCAAAGCAAUCAUGAACAAACAUUAUUGUCCCUCGUCUCCAGGCUGUGAAUAGCUGAGUGUGUGUCCAGAAUCAUGAAAAUGGAUGUCCAGCUGUGUGUUCACCUGAGUCCCUCACUGAGGAUCUGUUCGUCUGGGUGGGUGCUCAGGGGAACACCGUUUCAGAAUAUCCCUGUCAAUUAUUGUAAAUAAGAUCAUUGUGAAAGAUUUGCACAUAUUUGUUCUCAGUUUAAGUAAGUACUUGACUCCUAUGAGCUUGCUUUCAAACUGGAUUUCCAGUCUGCAGCUCCAGCAACAUUUGGACCAACCACAGCUCUCCUCAGUUAGCUAUCCAGAAACACUCUCCCAUCAUGCACCUGCAGUUCAUCAGCAUUUCAUGCAGAUAUUAGACAGUAUUUUUAUAUCGCCACGUCUGUAACUUCUUAGCUUUAGUUAUUAACAACAAGAUUAACACUUUAGGAAUGUCUUGCUGCAGUUAACUAGUGGAAGGGGCCUCUGGACUUCUAGAACUAACUGCCAAACAGCUGUGUUGUAGGAGGCUGUGAGACAUCAUAUAUUUUUGUGAAGGAGCAAAAAUAUAUAUAUAUCAUACAGCUGUGGCUGUAAGAGAAAUAUUAACCACAAAGAAACGUAUGCAUGUGAGGAAACUUAAAGUCAGAGAAUGGAAAGGAAAACAGUUCUACGUUUUUUUGCCACAUUCACCUCGUAUCGGAUUUACUGUAAAUUCCAGACUGCAACUGUAGGAUACUUACAGUCACAGCAGACACCUAGUAGCAGUUACAAUCAGGAUGUAUGAUUAUAUGUCUGUAGGAACUCCUAAAUUGUGUCAACUGAGAGGUAACUAAGUACAAAUGGCAGAUAAAUAUGAGAAAUUCAUAGUCAGACAAUCGGCUUCAGAACAGUUUGAGCUGUUACAGUUUGUGUACGGUUAUUUGAAGGUACAGUAUCUCCAUGUGUCCAAAUGUUCUGACUGUAGGCGUCAUACCUUCUUCCUACUGUGUCUUCCGAUAUGACGUGAAUGCAGUGUCAUGCACCCUCUAACUGAAUCAAAACAAUAAGAGUAACACUUUAUGAAUGUUUUCUUAGCAGUUACCUAGUGGAGAGAGGGACUACUUUAGCUCACAGACCUCACUGUACAUGGUGCCUCUCUCUGAGGGAGACAGACUGCUAUACAAUCACUUUCUACCUAGCAACACUGCCCCCUGCUGGUUCCAAACCACACAGACCAAAAGGUAGAGAGCCUAGCUUCCCUUCCAACUGAUGAGGGUCGAGGUUUCAGUACGACUGUUUCUGUUGAAGUAUGGAAACAACACCACCUUGAAAUGAAAUUAAAGGAAUACCAUUACAUUUCUACACUCCUUUCAUUUAUUCCCACACAUUCCUCACGCUAUCUAAUGUUUCAUUUGAAUAUGACGUAAGCCAUAAAGAGAAUAACCCAUGUUUGAAAUGUAAUGGUAUUGUCCUCACUGUACCUAAUUAGUUUAAAUUAAGCACUAAAUGUUUGUGUUCUGGUUUUUAUUCAAAGUAAAGAAAAUGCUUAUAAUGAUUUAUUGAAUUUGUCAGAUAUAUUGCAUAUAGCAUAUGCUGGUGUAUUCUUUCUUGUUAUGUCUAUUUAUAAACCGGAUUGUGUUGAGGUUUGACCACAUUUAAAGUGAAUCUAAAUCAAAAAGGAGAAACCCUUUCACCUCAUGGAUUAAAAAUGCUUAUAAGUGUUUAAAAAAAAUGGGAAAGUAGCUUCAGGGUUGUGAAGCUGUAGGGAAUGCUCUGUUCAGUGUAUUGUGUAUGGAAGCAAUAAGAAGAAUAUAUAGGUUUAGAAAUAAAAGGGAUGUUACUUACUGUUACUGUUGGAUUGGGUUGAAUGUAAUGCAACAGAAAAAAAGGUUUUGGAAAGGAAAAAAUGUUUCAAAUUUCAAAUUUGGCAUCCAGGAUUUUUUUCCAUUCAAAUCUCCAUAUGGAAAUCCCUCAUUUUAAAGCAGCUACACUCUGCCCCUGAGCCAGUGGGAUCAGUUCUGCCUCUAUUCAGUGUUUUAUAUCUUAACAAAAUCUGCAAAGCUAACCCUUGACCACACUAACUUCCAUACAAUAUGUGUUUGUGGGAUGGAUCCAUGUUGACGGUACACACGAUGCCCUGCUCCUGGGAGGCUGUAGGACUGCUGAUAACAUCUCUGUGCCUUAUUGACCAUUAAACAUGUUGUUUGUGCAUGCUAACAUGCAUUUAGGUAAGGUUGUUUCCUUCCUAUUGUCUGUUUAAAGUCUCCAUGCUUCACCGCCGUAUUAACUCGUGUAAGAAAUGCUGCAACACCAGAUAGUCUGAAUAUUUAUGAUUAUAAUAUUUAUUUGAGAAUAUUUGCUAUGUAUUGUGUUAAAAGGAGGCUUAUAUUUCAGUGUAUGAACACGUUAGAGGGACAGAUCACGUGUCCAUCCAGUAGUAGACCACCUGUGUGUGUGUUCACAGUGUGUGUGUCAGAACUACACUACCUCUGCAGCCUCCUCCAGAACCACACGUGUUUAGAAAAAUGCUUUUUGUAAUCCUAACAGAAUGUCCUCACCUAUCACUGUAGCUAUAAAUAAAGUAUAUAUCCAGCUCA